AUGCGAGACCUAAUGCACAAAGAGUAUCCUAAGUUCCUCAAAAGGUAUGGUAGCUUAGGUCCACGACUUCGAGAAGAUGAUGUUAUUGUCGUUGAUCGGGCAAAGGAACAUGUGCAUUUCAGUAACAACCACGAAAUGGUUCCUCUGCUGCCACAUGAUCACGAGUUUACUAAGUUGUACGCUGUAAUGACACACGAUGACGGCCAUAAUGGUGUUGAAACAACGAUGACUAAGAUCAGAUCACAUUAUUGGGUGGUGCGACUUAGGCGGUUAGUAACCAGUAUAAGACAUAGCUGCAUCCGAUGUAGGAAGUUUGAAGGUGAAGAAAUAAGGCAGCAAAUGGCACCCUUGCCCUUGCAGAGGCUGAAACCUUCGCCACCUUGGAGUUCGGUAGGAUGUGAUUUGUUUGGACCACUGAAAGUCAAGGGAGAAGUCCAAAAGCGAGUGAGAGGUGUUAGACGGUUUGUAUCCAUAAGAGGAUACCCGAAUGAAAUAUUCAGUGAUUGUGGCAGUCAACUAGUCGCAGCGAAGGAGAGUAUCAAAGGGUUCAGAGUUCGUCAUGGAGUUGAGUGGACAUUUUCCACACCAGACGCACCAUGGCAGAAUGGUGUCACCAAGAGUUUAAUUCGAGGAGUUAAGAAGUCGUUAUUCCAUGUCAUAGGAGAGCAGGUGUUGUCGUACGAGGAGUUGCAGACAGUGCUUUAUGAAAUUGCAAACUUGAUGAAUGAGCGACCUAUUGGCAAGCAUCCUACGAGCCCAGAAAGUAAUUACUUAUGUCCAAAUAAUCUUCUUCUCGGACGUUCAUCUGUGAGACCUCCAAGUGGACCCUGGUGUAAGCUGGGUAAUAAUGCACAAAGAUUGAGAUUUGUUCAGAGAUUGACUGACCAAUUCUGGCAGAAGUGGACACAGGAUUACUUUCCUACACUUAUCGUGAGAAAAAGAUGGCAUAUGGAACAUCGUAAUUUGAAGAAGGGAGAUGUUGUGGUUAUUAAGGAGGAGAACGUGAAGAGAGGACAGUGGCGACUUGGUAGAGUUUCUGAAGUUUUUCCAGACUCAAGAGGAUUGGUGAGGAGUGUCGAGUUGAAGACUACGAAGGUCGAGCCACGUGAAGCGAGCAGUGCAGAGACUGAUUUUGCUGAUACCAGUUGA